AUGGAGCACAAGCAUUUCAGCCACCCUCAUGGCCUUACUUUCCACCAGAAUAAGCUCAAAUCCGAAACAAAUUGUUCCGGUUGCAAGCUCCCUUGCUCCGAAAACACAUACGUCUGCUGGGAAUGCAGAUUCUUUCUCCAUCAACAAUGCUUUGAUGCACCUCGCUCUCUUGACCACCCUUCUCAUCCAAUUCAUCCUCUCAACCUAGUACCUUAUCCGACUUAUCAAUCUGGCCGCUUCUUUUGCGACUCUUGUCACCUGCCAGGCUUCGGAUUCUCAUUCAGUUGCUCCAAAUGUGAGUAUGAUCUUCAUCUCCAUUGUUCAAAAGUUACCGCCGAAACAUCUAAAUCAGAGCUGAAGCAGAUUCAUCACAAGUCCCACCGCGAGCACGUGCUUCAUCUUCUAUCUUCUCCUUCUCCUGCUUAUGAAGGAGGUAAAUUCUACUGCAAUGCUUGUGGCCAAGCUGGAGAAGCCUCUGGAUAUAAUUGCAACAUUUGCAAAUAUGAUCUUCAUGAACAAUGUGUUGAUUUGCCUGAAACAAUGAAGCGGAAAGACCACGAGCACCCGCUUAGUCUUAAAUACUCUGUUAAAGACUUGGGUCUGCCGGCUAAUUCUGAAUUCACUUGUGAUGUUUGUUUUCGAAUAGUUCAAGAGGACUUCUGGAUGUAUUAUUGUAAGGAAUGUGACUUUGGGACUCAUGUGAACUGUGUGAGGGCGAAAGCAAGGUCGAAAGCGGAAGUGGUGCUUGAGCAAAACCUUGCAGCUCAGGUGGAACUGAUGAGAAUUCAGAAUAUGGUGAAUCUGAAUGCUGCACAUUGCGAUAUCAUAGCAAGUGCCUAUGGGGGUCACAGGCGUUACCGUUAUUAA